UAACUUACAUGCAAUCAUCGGUUCCGUUGCAUAGCAGAAGAAUUCACUGCUUCUCAUGGCUUCUCUGCCUCCAGCAGUGGUCGGUAGCGCCGCUGUCAAGCUCGAUUCCGAAUCUUCCAAGUUAUCCCCUCCGUCUUUCCUUACGUUCGAAAAGAGGAAUUACGCGGGGAAAGAUCUGGAUAAGGUUCAUUCGCUCAGUCGUGAAUUACGAGAGGCGGUUUCGUUGAUAAGCGAAGAUAGCAAUAGACUGGAAUCGUCUUCAUACGUUCCGAUUUUGCAAGAAUGUAUAGCGAAGAAAUCAAUUUCUGGCGUGGAAUCAGUUCACGCGCACUUGGUGAAGUGCGGAUUCUGCGAGGAGUUGUUCCUCAUGACGUUUCUAAUCAACGCCUACUCCAAAUGUGGCGCCAUUGAAAGUGCUCGCAAGGUGUUCGACAAUUUGCCCCACAGAAAUGUUGUCACCUGGACUUCACUCAUGUCCGGCCAUGUCCAGAAUUCCGAGCCUGACCUAGCCAUCUCUGUUUUCAAGGAAAUGCUGGAAAUUGGAAGAUAUCCUACAAAUUACACAUUGGGGAUUGCCUUGAAUGCUUGCACUUCUAUGUGCAACAUUGCCUUCGGGAAGCAAGUCCAUGGAUACACUGUAAAGUACAAUGUCGACCACGAUACGAGCAUUGGGAACGCCCUCUGUAGCAUGUACUCCAAGUGCCGUAGUUUGGAGAUGGCAAUCAAAGCCUUCGAUAGAAUCGAAGAAAAGAAUGUGAUUUCAUGGACUGCUGCAGUAUCUGCUUGUGGGGACAAUGGGAAUUCAACAAUGGGAUUGGAAAUGUUUGUUCGAAUGCUUGCCGAAGGCAUUGAGCCUAAUGAGAUGACUCUGACUAGUGUAUUGAGUUUGUGCUGUACGACGCAGGCUGUAAAUACCGGAUCACAGGUUCAUUCCUUAGCUAUCAAACUCGGAUACGGAUCAGAUUUACCAGUGACGACCGCAAUAAUGUAUCUUUACUUGAAAACUGGAUGCAUUGCCUUGGCGAAGAAGGUGUUCGACGGCAUGGAAAGCAUCAACAUGAUUACAUGGAACGCAAUGAUCGCUGGACACGCAGAAAUGACGAGUCUUGCCGAUGACGGGCUUUCAGCCCACGUUUGCGGAACAGAGGCGCUUAAGAUUUUCCAACAUAUGUACAGAUUAGGAUUGAAACCCGAUCUUUACACCAUUUCGAGUUUGCUAACUGUGUGCAGCAAUCUGGUGGCGAUGGAGCAAGGGGAGCAAGUUCACGCACAGGCGAUAAAGACGGGAUUUUUAUCCGAGGUGGUGUUGGGAACUGCACUGGUUAACAUGUACAGCAAAUGUGGAAGCAUCGAUCGAGCGAUUAAAGCGUUCUUAGAAAUGCCUACAAGAACGUUGAUCUCGUGGACAUCGAUGAUCACUGCGCUUGCGCAGCACGGGCAUUCUCAGCAGGCAGUGCAGCUCUUCGAGGACAUGAGAUUUGUGGGAAUGAGACCGAACAAGAUUACGUUCGUCGGCGUGCUUUCAGCGUGCAGCCAAGCUGGGUUUGUCGAGCAGGCGCUGGCAUAUUACGAAAUGAUGAAAGACGAGUACAAAAUCAACCCCGUCGUCGACCACCACGCGUGCCUGAUCGAUAUGUACGUAAGGCUGGGUCGGAUUGAGGAAGCCUUCAACUUCAUCACGAAGACGGGCUUUACGCCGAACGAGUUCGUAUGGUCGGUUUUGAUCGCAGGCUGCAGAAGCCAGGGGAAGUUAUCGUUAGCGUUUUAUGCCGCGGAACAGCUGCUCGAACUCGAACCGAAGGAUCCCGAGACGUAUUUCUCGCUACUGAAUUUGUACCACUCGGCCGGGCGAUGGAAAGACGUUUCUCGAGUGAGGAAAAUGAUGAAAGGCGAGAACAUCGACGACCGGGUAACGGAUUGGAGCUGGAUCACCGUUCGGGACGAGGUGUUUGCGUUUAAGCCCGGGAGCAAGAAACAUGUCCCGGACGACGACGAUGAGAACAGCAGCAUUGUUAUGUUUCUUAAUAAUAUGAUCGAAGAUUAUCGAAAGUCAGCGAAUUUGGAUAGUACAGAAGGUGAUGCAGCCUCCUCUGCUUCGGCCGGUCAUCACAGCGAACAGCUGGCGGUGGCCUUCGGGUUGCUGAACACGGCGGCGGGUGCCGAGAUUCGAGUGGUGAAGCGGAUGGGUAUGUGUUCGGAGUGCCAUGGUUUUAUGAAAUUCGUGGCGUGUUCGAGUUCGAGAAAUAUAGUUAUACGUGAUAGCAAGAGGCUACAUAGAUUUUGCAAUGGAAGGUGUUCUUGUGGGGAUUUUGGAGGGAUUGUUUGAUAAUGCAACACAUUUAUUUGUUAUUUUCCACUGUUUAUAUCCCAUAAAAACAUACUAUAUAUAUU